AUGUGGCACUCCACGCUCGUUCUCCUCCUCUUGAUAUGCGUCUGCGCGGCGCAGAGCGACUCGGACUCGUCCAGCGGGUCCGCUAACCCCGUCGACAUGCUCUCCACGAGUGGCAGCACCGACGACGUGUACAACGUCUGCCCCGUUGUCGUCGGCUUCACCGAGGAGCAGGAGAACCUCUCGGACGAGGAGCUCAAGGCCAACGCCGCCGACGCCGCCAUGUCCGCCUACCUGCUGAGCCACCCGAACAACACGCUGUGGGACUACUUCAAGAUCGAGCACAAGCAGAAGAAGGAAAUGAACAAGCGUCUGCCGCUCAAGCAGCGCAUCAAGAACGCGAUCAAGGGCGUCGUCGACUACACGGCCAACACGGUCAUCGACCUGGCGCAGGACAUCGCGGACGCUAUCAAAUGGAUCGUGAACACUCUCCGCGACCCCCUCGUCGGAAUCAAGCAAGUCACCACCUUCUUCAAGACGUUCGGCCAUAACGUCAAGUCGCUCUGGACGCUCUUCAAGGAGGACCCCAAGGAGACGGCCGAGAACAUGGGCGGCGGUCUGCUCCUGCAUAUCACGCACCACCCCGCUGAGUUCACUGCCGAGACGGUUCUUACGGUUAGCGCUGGUUUCGCCGUGAUCGGUGGCCUCAUGGCUGGUGUCGAGGCGGUCUUCGGCGGCAUGAGCAACGUCAUCUCCAACGUCCUCAUGUCCGUCCUCAUGUUCCUGCACGCCAUCGACGACCCGAUCUACAUCGUCACGCCCCUUGUCAACUCCCUCGUCGACACCGCCGGCGCCAUCAACACUAGAAGCAACUCGUCCUCCACGAACGCCACCUCUAAUGUGCUUACCAUCGACCCUAUCAAGCCCUUGAAGGCCUGCAAGAUCCCCAAGCAGUACCGCCCGGUGUUCUCCUCCCGCGACCUGUGUCUGAGCUCCCCCGCUCAGGUCCGCGAGCUCAUCUUCGGCACGGCCAAGCGCGCGAUCAAGAUGUCCACCCAGGAGCGGAUUGCCGCCUACAACCACUUCCACGACUUCGUAUGCUGCUACCUGCAGGACCAGGAGUUCGAGGUGAACGCUCCGGAGAUGGACUCGACCGCGUUCGAGGCCAAGCUCGUCGCGACGCCCGUCAAGAUGCGCAACUGCACGCAGCUCUUUGCCAACUACAGCGACGAGACGGUGUGGAGGUUUUCCGGAAGCGCGAACCUUGACGAUGAUCUCGACGAUGACUCCAACAACGAAUAA